CGAUCAUCAGCAAUUGUACCUACACAAGUUACUAAAUUUGCACCACGUCACAAACUUGAAUGAUCAAGGCACGACAGAUGUGAUAAUGCACUAGUUCUAAUACGAGAUUUUGAUGCAGCAUCGAUCGAUCGCUCGAUCGAUCCGUCUUAAAGUGGCCUCUCUUUUCGUUACCUGCCUGCCUGCCUGCCAUUGCUAAGCGACCAUGCCAUCGUCUUCCAUGAGCUGCUUCCGCCGCUUGUGCGCCGACGGCUUCACAUUGCUGAGCGGAAACCAAAAGUGCAUCCUAUACGAUGACCUUCUGCCGUCGCUCGGAGCGUCGAUAAGCGACUCGAUCAAGCUGAGGAAGCGCAUGAUUUCGCCAUACGAUCCGCGUUACAGGCUGUGGGAGCUGUUCUUGAUAUUCCUGGUUCUCUACUCGGCCUGGAUCUGCCCCUUUGAGUUCGCAUUCCUCCGGUACUUGCCGAGAACAAUCUGCGUCGUGGAUAGCAUCGUCGACAGCUUUUUCGCCAUCGACAUCAUGCUCACCUUCUUUGUCGCCUUUGUCGAUCGCAAAUCCUACCUUCUUGUCGACGACCCGAAGAGAAUAGCAUCCAGGUAUUUGUCGACGUGGUUCGUCUUCGACGUGUGCUCCACAUUUCCUUUUCAAAUCAUCAGUUUCUCCUUCAAUAGGAAUGGCAACAGUCUCAGCUUCAAGCUUCUGAGCAUGCUCAGACUGUGGCGACUGCACCGCGUCAGCUCUCUGUUUGCGAGGCUGGAGAAGGAUCUUCGGUUCAAUUACUUCUGGACGCGGUGCACAAAGCUAUUCUCUGUGACUAUCUUCGCAGUGCACUUUUCAGGAUGCUUCAGCUACAUGAUCGCCGACCGGUACCCUCAGCCAACGGCGACGUGGAUCGGCGCGGCCAUUCCAAGCUUCAAGCAAGAUACAGUGUGGUUCAGAUACGUGACGUCGAUCUACUUCUCCAUCACAACACUCUCGACCACUGGCUACGGCGACUUCCACGCUCAAAACCCGAGAGAAAUGCUCUUCGCUAUUUGCUACAUGUUCUUCAACCUCGGCCUGACGGCGUACCUCAUCGGAAACAUGACCAAUCUCGUGGUCAAUUGGACCAGUCGCACCAAGAACUUCAGAAACACAAUCCAAGAUGCUUCCGAAUUCGCAACGAGAAACAAGUUGCCCAAGCACAUAAAGCAGCAAAUGCUAUCUCACAUAUGCCUCAGAUUCAAAACCGAGGAGCUGAAACAACAAGGAGCACUCAAUUGCCUCCCAAAAGCCAUUCGAUCGAGCAUAGCUGAGUACCUGUUCUUGCCCCUCGUUCAAAGAGCAUACCUUUUCCAAGGCGUCUCCUUCAAUCUCAUCUUUCAGCUGGUCACGGAAAUGCAAGCUGAGUACGUGCCCCCAAAGGAAGAUGUGAUUCUGGAGAACGAAGCCUCGACUGAUCUUUAUAUAAUCGUAUCUGGCGAAGUGGAACUGCGAACGUGCGUGGAUGGGAACGAAAAAGCCCUUGCGAAGGUAGCUGCUGAGGAAAUGUUCGGAGAGACAGGAGUUCUAUGCCACAUGCCUCAGCCGUUCACCGUAAGAACCACUCAACUCACACAAAUUCUCAGACUGAACAAGGCCAAACUCUUGAACGCCAUGCGAGAAAGCAAACCGGACGCAAACGUCAUCAUCAGCAAUCUCUUUCAGAAGUUGAGGCUACAAGAAAAACUACACCCAAGAAUACAGCUGAAUGAUCGAGAAAUCAUUAAACAAUGGUUCGAUAGAGGCGAGGAAGAAGAACUUGUUUGCAAAAGGGUGACAAUCCACAUGGGCUUUCAGAAGGCAAAUCUAGAAAGGCAUCUGAUGGCAAAGAUGAUACAGUUGCCGACGACUUUGGAGGAACUCCUCAGAAUUGGUGGGGAGAAGUUUGUAGGGCAUCAUCCUACAAAAGUGGUGAAUGGAGAGAAUGCAGAAAUCGAUGAUAUUCGUGUGGUGCGUGAUGGUGACCAUUUAUAUCUUCAAGCGUGACCGAUCUAAAUUCUGCUCUUCCGUCCAACUAAACAGACAUUUGUGGUUGUUUGAUCCAAAGGAUUGUCAAUUCAACUGCAAGUACACUAAGGGAUUUGUUUUGCCCUAAAAGAUUCAAGUGUUCCAAGUAAAUGUAUGUAUCAAUUACAAGAUCUAACUAUCUAU